AAGCUGAAAUCUCGCCCCCUGACGACAUUCAACACUUGAAUCCUUGCGUCAGCACAUCCCCCGCACAUUUACAAACAUGAAUAAAAUUAUUUUUACUCUGGGACUUUUGGCCCUUGCCACGGUGGUCAGCGCCAGUGGAUACGAAGAAGAUCACGGCAAGUCAACCUACGAAGAAAAGACAAAAACCGUGCACAUUCCCAUCUACAAGAAGUAUGCCAUACCAAUUCCUCAUCCCGUGCCGGUACAAGUGCCUCAAGAAAUCAAGAUCCCCAUACCCCAACCGUACAAUGUCCAGGUUCAGGUCCCUCAUCCCUACCCCGUGGAAGUUAUAAAGCACGUUGAAAUUCCGGUUGAAAAGCCCGAGCCAUACACCGUCGAGAAACACGUACCCUUCGUCGUUGAAAAGCCCUACCCGGUAUACGUCGAGAAGAAAUUCCCCGUUCCAAUUGCCAAGCCGUACCCAGUUCACGUGCCAGUUUACAAGCACGUUUUCCAUCACACUUCGUCCGGUGGACACGGUAAAGGCUGGCACUAAACUUCGGCCAUAUGUCAAAUUAUCACCAUCUAAAUUUUAACGCCAUACAAGAAAACCGCAACUAUCUUAAUUUA